AUGAAUAACCGGGACAAUCAACAAGUGACGAGCAACAGCAAAAUCUUUACCGACAAAGACGCCUUUCGAGAGACUGUACGUGAAUCUGCUGUCGUCCUUGGUCAAAUCACUCAAGAUAACAUUAAGAUUCUCAAGACUCUUAUUGAUACAAUUUUUCCAAGUGAUUAUACCACAGAGAACUAUGAGGAUGCUGAUUCGAUGGGAGAGUUUGAGAGAAUUGCUUACUGUGGUGGAAAACCAGCUGGUGUUAUUGUCUGUGAUGCCGAUAAGAGUGACAUGUUGUAUAUUUCAAUGAUUGGAACUUUGACGCAAUACCGAAAGUGCGGCAUCGGUUCGAUUCUUUUGGAGCACGCAGUUCAACUCGCUCAAAAAUUGAAAAAACCCAUGUCGCUGCACGUUCGUGUAGACAAUGUGAAUGCCAAAUCUUUCUACGAAAAGAACGGAUUCAUCGUGAAAGAUUUUGUGGAAGAGUACUAUAAACAAGAGCCAAAGGGUGCCUUUUUUCUUGUGAAUAAUACUCACGUAGAAGGAGAAAUAUCGAAAAUUGUUGCAAACAGAGAACAACCUGGAACGAGUGCGCGAAGCAACUCUGUCAUUCUUCGUGAAGUAACAAAAGAGACCGUUUCGAAUCUCAAGAUGCUUAUGGAAACCGUGUUUCCAAACAUGUAUCCUGACGUUAACUUUGACCAUGCACACAAACUGGGAAAGUUCAUCCGUAUCGCCUAUAUCAAUGAACAACCAAUUGGUCUUAUUAUCUGCAGAAUGGAGAAGGAAAUGUUGUACAUUGCGUUGAUUGGAGUUCUAGUCGAAUACAGAAGACAAAGAGUCGGCUCAGCACUCAUUCAACAUGCGAUAUCCUUUGGUGAAACCAUAAAGAAACACAUUCAUUUGCAUGUACAAAUUGACAAUAUCACUGCUCAGCAGUUUUACCAACAACACGGUUUUAUUGAAACUGAGAGAGAUUAUACUUAUUACGAUGAGCCACCAAGAGCAGCAUUCAUUUAUACAAAAAAGUUUAGUGAAUAA